UCUUGUCCCUGUUGUUGUGCCGCGUGGAGCUUGUCCUGGGCAGGGAAUCCCAUUUGGUUCAACUCUCCCCCCUCCUGCCAUCCCCAGAGCCCACCUCUUCUGUUAUUCCCCCUUAAACUUCACUCAGUGAGCCUCCUGUUUCCCUUUGAAGAGGCGCUGCUCUGAUUUCCGUAUCCCUCGACACUGGGGAGAACACGGGAAGUGAGGGAAAUUCUUAGAAGUGUGUGUGUAGCACAGUUUACAGGGGACAAAAAGUCGGUGAGUCGAGGCUAAAGGGGGCUUCGCUGCCUUUGCUGCUGUCGAUCAGGAGUAUCUGAGUGGAAGAGACCCUGCUGAAGUGCUCAGCAGCCAGUCUCUUCCCGCCUGCUGCUCUUUCUGUCAUCUGUCCAUCCAGUCAGGGGAGAGAAGAACUGAGCAGCCCAGAGAAAGUUGCCUCAUCAGGAUUUGCUGUCUUUGGACUGUGGUAGUUAUUUCUGAGGAGGGUGUUUGGGGAGGUUAGGGGUGUUGAGGCUGCAGGUGGUGCUAGGGAGUUUGUUUUGCCAUGCAGCGAGCUUGGGAUCGGACGAAUAGCAUUGAGAGUGCAAAAAAAGGCCACACAAAAAUGCUGGGAAAAGGACAAAGUGGCGGAUAUCUCCCCGAGACAACGAGCGAGGCCUUGCAGAGCAUCACUGCGGUCCCUUUGGACAAUACUGAUAAGAAGGGCCUCCAGGUGGGCAUCCAGCUACCAGGCAGUGUACAGACGGGGCCUCAGCAGCAGAACCAGCAGCUCCUCUUGACCCCAGCCAGCCUCCAACUUGCUCAGCUCCAGGCCCAGCUCGCCCUCCAUCGCCUCAAACUGGCUCAGGGAGGCAAUACGGCCACUGCUGCCACUGUUCUCAGUCAGGUUCUUUCCAAUGUCAACAUGUCCCAACCCCUGUUUAAUCAGCUACGGACGUCAUCCAUGGUUGGGAAUCCACAGGGUGCCUUCCCCACAGGGGUGCUGGGUUUCCCAUCUUCAAAUUCAGCCUUGGGGGCCUUGGUGGGUGGUGGAUUCAGCCAAAACCCAGGGAAUGUGAGACUGAGCCAUCCUUGUGGAGGGGGCACAAUGGGCCAAGAGGGUGAGGAAUUUGGUAAAAAAUCAGGAUCAACUUACCCUUGUGAUACCGACCGGCGUCUUCAGUACAACUUUAGUGGAGGGACGUCUGCAGCAUCAGCCACUGCUGGCGAUGGACAGUACUCAGUGAUUAAUACUCAGGCAAAGAACGUGACCAAUGUUGGUUUUCACAGAGAUUUCUAUGGGCAGGAUCUGAAAGGGCAACAAGCUGGGUAUAAUGUCAAUGAGCAGAGAAUGAAUAUCUAUAACUCCACUGGGCAUAAGGAGCAGUGGAAGGGCCACGCUAACUUGACUCACACUGGAAAGGUGGAUAUGGUUUCUAAUCCUACCGUCUGGGCAGCAGCUGGGCAGCCAGUUCGGUCCAGAACUGAAUUGUAUAACCCAGAGGAGCCAACCCCUGACCCCAAGUUAAUUUGCAGUACUGUGGUUUCCUCAUUUGGUUCAAGUGGCACGCAGGGGUUUGGAGGCUACCAGCCUCUUCAUGGAAGUGAGGAAACCUUAUCUUCAGGUACCAGGAUACUUCAACCUUAUCAAGUCAACGAUUUCCAUGCAGUGACACCCACUCAACUGCCACAUCAGUGUAGCAUCUGUGACAAGAAGGUCUACAACCUUAAGGACUGGGACCAGCAUGUGAAGGGAAAACUACACUUGCAGAAUCGAACAUUGUAUACAGCUGAAAGCUCAGCGGUGGUAUCAGCUGGAGCUGCUCACUAUGCCGUCGGCAGGCCUUCUGAUGGAAAUCUGAACGCUGCAGGAACGAACACCAUGGCCUGUUCUGCUGCAAGUCAAGAUGUAUCCUCAGGAGCCAGUACGACAUACUUGCCAGCUACAGCCAUGAAGACUUAUCCCAUGUCAGACACAGGAUUUCCCUCACACCAGCCAGAGUCAAAGCCAUUUCCUCCCAGAAAAGCCACCGCAGGUCGAGUCGUUCACAUCUGCAACCUCCCUGAAGGCAGCUGCACAGAGAAUGAUGUAAUCAACCUGGGGCUCCCCUUCGGCAAAGUCACCAACUACAUUUUAAUGCGUUCUACCCAUCAGGCGUUUCUGGAGAUGGCGUACAUGGAGGCAGCUCAGGCCAUGGUUCAAUACUACCAGCUGACUCCAGCCAUGAUCAACAAUCAGAAACUUCUUAUACGAAUGUCUAAGAGGUACAAGGAGCUGCAACUCAAGAAACCAGGGAAAGAUGUUCAGUCAAUCAUCCAGGAUAUUACCUCACAGCGGGAGAGGGACGAGAUGCAGGAAGUUGAACACUACAUGCCAGAGAGAGCUCGAUCUCGCAGCCCAAUCAGCCGCUCUCUGAGUCCUCAUUCCCACAGUCCCAGUUUCACAUCAUGCAGUUCAGCCCACAGUCCUCAAGGUGCAGCCUGCAGGGGUCCAGAGAGAGGCAGCAACGGCCUGGGCCCCCAUCGGAGCUCCUGGGAUUGGCCGAGGGAGCGGGACGACCCGUGGAGGAAUGGGAGCAGCGUAGAUGAUGAACGGCCAAACGGACGGGCGUCUGACCGUCGGAAGACCUACCAGAAACCCUUAGAUCAUCUCAGCCUGAGAUCUGCAGAUGAGCGAGGAGGAGGAGGAGGAGGAGGAGGAGGUGAAGGGAUGAAGGGCAGCAGAGACUGGCACCCACGAGGAAGCCCUCAAGGCUUCAACUCAUACAGGAACAUGGAAGAUGAUUUCUACAUGGAACAAGUGUACAAGUCCGACAAGCCGCCCAGGCCUCCGUACCAACGGCACGACACAAAGUCAAAGAGGAGGGACGGUGGCGACUACCACAGUAGAUCAAGACAUUCUGAGUUUGAGAUGACUGAGGAUUCACUUUGCAGAACAGCAGAAGACAAGAGGCAGAGUUCACCAGGCAGAGGCAGGAGCAAGAGAAGCAGCAGGAGGCACACAACUGCAGAGAAACAGGAGAGAGAAAAUACUACUGAAAAUACUGAUCGCCAUUCAAAAGAAAAAUCUGUUUCACCUCAGCAAAGCAAUAAGUCAAAAGAGGCUACUGAAUGUAGUAAAGACACUAAGAAGGAGUGGGAAAGUGCAGAAGACACGGAUGAAGAGUGCUGGUAUCCUAAGAACAUGGAGGAACUAGUGACUGUUGAUGAAGUGGGAGAAGAAGAUGAUUCCAUUAUUGAGCCAGACCUUUCUGAGCUAGAGGAGUUUGCAUCCUGUCCUAAAGCGGUGGUUGAAUCAGUGGAGGAACAUGUAUCGCCAUCUGCAUCUUCUUUGGAGGUGCAGCAGACAUCGAAUGAGAAAUCAAAAGAGGAAGAGUCUUGUUUGGAUAUUGGAGAUCAGGUGGCAACAACUGAGAAAGCAGAGAAUGUUCUAACUGCAACCAGUCCUGAAGAGCAGAAAACCAGUCCAGUGACUUCUGAGCAAUCGGUCACUAACCUCGGUGAAUUCCCCACUGAGGAGUUUAAGGCAGCACUGGAGGAAACAUGCACAGAGGACAGUAAAGUAACAAACAAUGAGCCAUCAGAAGAGUCAGUGGAAAACCACAUUUGCGAAUCAGAGGACAGUAAAACCCAGGAAGUAGCAUCGGUCAUGGAGACGAUCAAUAAUGUCCAACACAAGGAUGGCCUUCAUAAAAAAGAUAUUGAGGCCCCAUCGCCAUCGCGAGAACAAGAUAAAACUGUCAGUGAACACAGCAUCCCUUUGGGAGUGGAGUUCAUUGUGCCAAGGACUGGCUUCUACUGUAAACUCUGCGGCUUGUUCUAUACCAGCGAGGAAACUGCAAAGACAUCUCACUGCCGCAGCACUGUGCACUACAGGAACCUGCAGAAAUACUUGUCUCAGCUGGCAGAGGAAAGCCUGUCAGGCGCAUUCACUGACCCCUCAGCUGCACAGUGACAGCGGCUUGACCUCUCACCUCUUGCACCGUAAACAGCAGAAGAAGGAGUUGCGUACGUGUGCAGUUUGUGCAAAGCUAUGGACAACUACAGCAUGGAUAAUGUCAUACAUUAAAACUAUAAUAUUGUCGACACUUGAAAUGGUUUUAGUAUUUGUGGGAGCGUGAAGAUUGAAGGUCUUGAACAGCGCUGACAAUCUCAGACAUAGAGGAUCUCAGUUUUGUACAUACCUGAAAUGAGAUGUAUAGUGAGGUUAUCAUAUUUAAUAGAAUUUUGGGGGGGAAUUUUUCUUACAGUUAUAUUUUAUUUGGAUUGUGUGAGAUAAAAAUAAUUAGCUAUUUUAUUGAAUUGAUAAUGCAAUAUGCAUUGACAGUUCCUGAGAAGACAGUCUUUUAUAACAUGGACUUAUACUAGUCUAUUUGCUAAAUUCAAAUCAAUUCAGAAGAUAAUAUAUUUUUUAAUUUUGCCUGUACACCAUUCAAACAACAGAUAUGCAUUUAGGCAGAUAAAAUGACUUGAAAUAUAUGUUAAGGAAUGUUUUCACAGUGGCCCUGAGAGCUCAAUGAGCUACAACAUAAGAAAAAACCAAUAAAUAAGUACAAUAGAUGAACAUUUGUAGCACUUCUCAGUAUUUGGUAGUGUUUUCUAACUUUGCAGAUUUCUUUUAAAUGCUGUGAUAAUUGCCAGAUUUGUGAAGAUGUUUUCUUAGUUUGCUUGUGUUUUAUCGACUUGUAUUUUGCUGCAGCACAUUGUACGGGCCACCGUAUUUAUUCUCAGUUUAAAAACUGAGGCAGAUUCUCAGGUUUGUUGUAUGUGUUGAACAGAUUUCAGUGUAUUGAACAUUUACAUUUUCAUUUAUGUCUGGGUCUUUCAAAGUCAGGCUGUUUCCUUUCAUAGUGUACAUGUUUGUGCACUGCAAUAUCUCUCUGUCAGGUAAGAAUGUACAUCACUGAGAAUAAUAAUGAUGCAACUAUGCAAAAGAUUGUUUUAACUUUAUUUAUUUUUAUGUUGGAUUUAAUUCAUAAGACAAUCCCAGUCCUAUUUGCGAUCAUAUGUAAUGCCUUAAAUAUCAAAGACCUUAAACUGGACCAUGUGUUUUAUUUAUCAGUUAAACAUGAAGUGUUUCUGGUUCUGGAUUAUCAAGCCAGACUCUGUUUUUGUAUACUGUGAAUACUGAUCCUGUGACAUCAGUGAUAGUGUUGUUUUCCUUGACAGACUUUUCAUAUGAUUUUUGAUGAAAAAGACUUGAAUAAACAUUGUAAAUGUUUCAAA